AGUGGCGUCUCUCGGUUCGGAGUGCUCCUGCAGUGUACUGGUUGUGAUAGCGCAAGUCGGUUUAAGUGGUUAAAGCCGUUAUUCCGAUUCUGGCCGGUGCCGGGUUAUGAAACUCACAGGAAGCAGCGCUAGAGCGCUUUCCCCGCCGCCAUGGCUGUUUUCGCCCCUGCCAAUCAGCCUCAGCUCAUCCGCAGCUGUCAGAAGGAUGAGCACUUCCAGGGCUGCCUGAGGGGCCAGGCUCAUGAGGCCUGUCUGGCUUUUGCAGGUGCUAAAAAGUGGUUACAAUGGCGAAAAGAAGUUGAGUUGUUGUGUGAUGUUGCAUAUUACACGAUAACUACAUUUUCAGGUUACCAAACCCUUGGGGAGGAAUACGUAAACAUUGUCCAAGUUGAUUCAUCAAAAAGGAAGAUUCCGUCCUUGUUUCAGAGAGCCGUAUUCAUAUGUGGCUACACGGUGUUCCCAUACCUGUUGGAAAAGGAGCUAGCGCUCUUGGAACAGGAGCUCCAAAUUGAAACUGACGGAAUCCGGGUGUCACAUGGCAGCUUGUCUUCUGGAUCCCACCGGAGGUCAUGGCUGAGGAGGAAGGUUCAUCGGAAGAUCUCUGCCCUGUCAGAGCAGCAGAGAAAGACUUUGAUAAAGACUGUCUAUGUUAUUAGACAGAGCAUCAUCUUCCUGAGAAGGUUACAUCUUGCCAUAUUCUACUUGAAUGGAACGUUCUAUCAUAUUGCCAAACGCCUAACCGGAAUAAACUAUCUUCGCGUCCGAGGAGCUCUUGGAGAUGAUCAGCCUGUACGCAGAAGUUAUAGCCUUCUUGGUGUAGUGUCGUUGAUUCACCUCGCAUUACUUAUCGGUGUUCAGAUUAGUAACUUCCACCAAAAGCAGGAGGCCCAGCAGAAGUGGAAACUCCAUCGCCGGAUGUCUUACCAGAGGGCCCCACCACAUGACAAAUCCUACCAGAAACCCUCAAAAUGCACCCUUUGUUUGGAAUCCCGAAGACACAGCACUGCCACACCAUGUGGCCAUCUGUUCUGCUGGGGGUGUAUCACUGAAUGGUGUAACACGAAGGCUGAAUGCCCAUUAUGCCGAGAAAAGUUUCAUCCACAAAAACUUGUCUAUUUGCGCUAUUACCGAUAACAUGCUGGAAUGUGUCCACCCAUUCAAGAACUUCAAGAGGCGUCUUACAAUGCAGCUACAUUGCUUCUUAUGUCGCAGGACAGGAGUGUGUCUCAUACUGUUUCGCGAAACUACCCAAAAUUGCCAGCUUCUUUACAGAAUCUUUGAGGUUUGUGAAAAAAAUAAACACCCACGCUAGAUUUAGCAUGCAGUUUCAUAUACUCAAUGCAGAUGGGGCAUCAUAAUGUGAAGUCCAAUAACAAAGGUACCAUAUCAAUGCAAUUGUACCCAUCCGAUACCUCUCUACACAGAAUAUGUUUCCAUUCUCCAAAUACAAUAAAACCCAUAUUUAUUUUGCUGA